UAUUGACAGGUUGCUAGCCCAUCGCCUAAAAGAAUCCCAAGUUUAUAAGCCUAUCCCUUAAUCGCCUUUACGGCGUCCGUAUCAUCUUUAUUCUAUGGAAGUGAAAGCCGAAAUAACCUCGUCUGUAAAAUAUUACAGUUUCUUCUAUAUUGGCACUAAAAAUGGACCUUAUAGACUGCGGUAUAGAUAACAGCGCUAAAGUUCAAGUUGGUGAUGUGGAAAUCAAAGAGUACCCUUGGGUUGGGAUACUGUAUUAUAUGAAUCAUGGUGAAGCUGGGGAACAGCGCGCAGUGACGACGGUAGCUUUGAUACACGUUCUCUUUGUAAUAGCCCCAGCCGCUGAUGUGGGGCCGAUGCCUAAAAAUGAUUUCAGAGCCAACACCCGCGUCCUGCUCGGCGACAAGUGGAACGGGGAGGAGCGGCGCGUGCGCAGCUACGUGCUGCACCCCGAGUACGGGCAGACGUACAACACGAUCGCGCUCGUUCAGCUCAGAGAAUCUGUUUUAUUAACCAAAUAUUUGAACAUUAGACCCCUGUGCCCACCACCAGACUUAUUGAGAAAUCCAGAGUUUUACGUUGUGAAGUUUAAAGAAGAUUAUAAUAACCUUCAAAAGGAAGUUAUACCAGUGAUACAUGUUCCAGGCAAUCUUUGUAAAGACUUCUAUGUUUCAGCAAAUCUGUACACGGCAAAGAUGCGCCCCCCCCACGUGGCGUGCGUGACGUCACCGCGGGGCGCCGCGUGCGUGUGGGGCGCGGGCGCGGCGCUGGCGGCGCGCGACGCCUGGGGCCGCUGGAUGCUGUUGGGCCUGGGCGUCCGCGGGCCAGGCUGCGGGAUGCCCUCCCGCUUCCUGGACAUGAUGAGCUACUACCCCUGGAUUGAGAGCAGCCUGGACAAGUUCUCCCAGGUCACAAUAUCUAAGAUACAUGAACACAAAUAUGUGUUGCGGUCGAGCGAUGGCAUGAGCAAAUCACUCCAGCGUUACGGAGACUGUGAUUAUGAGGAGCAACAGAAUUUGAUAUACCGGGAGCUGAUCAUACUACAAACUGACAAUAAUCAGUACCAAUUCCUCACUUACAAUAUGACGAUAGCAGAUAACGUGGAGUACACAUGUCUAACUCUCGAAGUGGUGAACGCGUCGGCCGUCUCCGAGAUGCGGGUGAAACACAUGUGUCCGCGGCCGGAGAAGCUGGAGGGCAAGAAGUACAGGGGGCCCUGCCACACCUACAGAUUGUCAACGUUCGAUAUAUCCGUGUACAUGAUGUUCUCCGACAAAUUCCGGUUCGAGAUGUACGCGUGGGGGUUCCCCAAGGACAUGAAGUUGCUCGACAUUCAGGAGUGGAAGUGGGAGGAGGGGACUUACUACGAAGACUUCUCUAUAUCACAUGUGGAGUACAAAGGGACUCAGGAGCAAACGGGCUUCGGGUUUGAACCCCUGGACGAGACUGUUUGGGUGCCAGAUUACGACGUAUGGGCGUCGACCAUAUUCGACAAUACAUCCACAACGAGAAUACCAGGAAUCGGUUAUUUCGGAAGUCACGAAGAGCCGCCACCCACGAACCAAGACUUUGAACUCUCGAAAAUCAGAUCCACUUUCGCGCCAGCCACCGACGACGUGAAUCCGCGCCAGGACUUCGAUUGGUACGGCAUCAGAGACCGGCGGUACGCCAGGAGUUAGGGUUAUCAAGUGGCUAAAUAAAAAAGAUAUUUGAAGAGUA